AUGAAUGCAGAUGUCGUUGCAGAGGCUCUGGCCGUUGCAGCCUUGGGGGCCGAAGCCGACAAAACUGAAUCGCUGGAGGUGAUCCUUUCACGUUUGGACGCCUCCAAGCAUGAGACCCUCCUUCCUGGCCAGUGCUCUGAGGUGUUUGAUUCGUCGGCAUUUGCCGUUGCACGUACGUCUCAGAGGACUCGGCGAACUGGCGGGCUUGCGCAGCAUCCAAAGCCUUUCUCCCCUGCCCGCACCACGGGAGGCGCUUUUCUCGGCGCAGGUCACUUGCCCCACCGUGAUCUGACCUCUUGGGAGCAGCAGAAAGCCAUAAUGCCUGAGAGAAGUUGGAGCCAGUCUGCCAUGACCUGUGUGAUGCGGAGUGGCUUGUCCAUGUCGGCGCCUUCUUCACCGCUUCGAACCAGAGGUGCGCAAACCCACAGUCAGGGCAUGUUCGCGCGUUCUCCUGCGCGUGCAGAUGAUUUUUUGGAGAGUGAUGAGAGGAUGCAGAGGUUUUCAGCAACAUCUGCCCAGAUUCAAAAAGGCGCAAGCUAUGCCCCUAUCAGCGGACUGAGAAAGGGUCCUGCUGCAACAAUGUCGAGGGCUGCACUAACCUCUCAGCAUGGACCAUCAGCUGGCGGUCCAUUUGCUGGGCGCCGUGCGGUGCAUGACCGUAGCAGUGCGGCAUCAGCCUGGCGCACGAAAGCAGAUGCUGCAGCAUCAUCCUACAACUAUCUGGGACCCGCCGCAGACGGGCCUCCUCUACCGACAAUUCAUCCGCUUUGGAGUUGA